AAAAUAUCAACAACAGUUUUCUUGAACAUUAUACAAUAUAAGUAAGUACUGGGAUUGUAUACUGUGAUUAACCAAACAAAUAAAUGUACAAAUAAUCAUAUAAAAAUGUCGAGUUUUCUUCUGCUCUUCACCAUCACCACAAGCUUCAUCGCAACUCUGAAAACAUCGGCCGCUUCAUCAGCUCUUCUUCAUCCAGAUGAAUUGAAUGCGUUAGAGGAUAUAGCUACUACACUUGGUAUCAAGAGAUUUAACCUAAGCUACAAAGACCCGUGCCAUUCAAGAAGUCUAAUGAUUGAGUUUGUUCCGAAUCCGGAGAUGAACAACACCAUUACUUGUGAUUGUACUCACAACAAUCGCAGGACAUGCCAUAUAACAGAAUUAACACUCAAGGCCCUCAAUCUUCCGGGAAAACUCCCACGUGAGUUGGUUAAACUUCGGUAUCUACGAUCGAUAGACUUGUGCCGAAAUUACCUUUCGGGCUCAAUCCCAAUGGAGUGGGCUUCAAUGCCAUACCUUACUUCCAUCUCGCUCUGUGCAAAUCGUUUGUCUGGGAACUUACCAACUGGGUUACAAAACUUCAAGAAUCUGACAUUCCUAGGCGUUGAAGCAAACCAGUUCUCUGGUCCGAUUCCUGAUGAACUUGGUGACAUGACCAAUAUUACAGGAUUGCAACUUGGGUCCAAUCAGUUUACAGGAAGCCUGCCUAGCACUCUAGCUAAACUGGUUAAACUUGAGGACUUUAGGGUAAGUGACAAUAACUUUAAUGGUACCAUCCCAACAUAUAUUGGCAACUGGUCUGGUCUUCAAAGGCUAGAUCUAUACGCAAGUGGACUGAAAGGACCUCUUCCUGAUGCAGUGUCCCGCCUAGAAAACCUUACUGAACUGAGUAUUACUGAGACAAUUGGGAUAAACUCCUUUCCAAAUAUAUCCAGCAACGUCCUCAGAGUCCUGAUUUUGAGGAAUGUUGGUUUGUCUGGUCCAAUCCCUUCUUAUAUCUGGUAUAAGCCAGCCCUAAAGACUCUUGAUUUGUCGUAUAACAAGUUAACCGGUGAAGUUCAAGCACUAGAAAAAGCACCCAAAUAUACCUAUUUGACUGGCAACAUGCUUUCUGGAAACGUUGGAUCUGGUCUUUCCGUCGACAGAAGAAAUAAUCUUGAUCUCUCUUAUAACAAUUUCUCAUGGUCAUCUAGCUGCCAGGAUAAGAGUAACAUUAACACAUACCGGAGCUCAUAUUUGAAAAACAAUUUAACUGGAGUUUUACCAUGCGCUGGUCCAGUAAACUGCAUGAGCUAUCAGCGCUCACUACAUAUAAAUUGUGGUGGAGAAAAUGUAACUGUUACAAACUCUAGGGGUAAAAUCACUUAUCAAUCUGAUAACAGUGAGACCAGAGCCGCAACAAAUCAGCACUUUGAAAACUGGGGAAUCAGUAACACAGGUCACUUGCCGAAUGAUAAAUACAUCAUCUCACCUACUUUAACUCUAUCUGGAGAUUCUGCUAAUCUUUAUAAGACUGCACGUCAAUCUGCUCUCUCUCUAGCUUAUUAUGCGUUUUGCUUAGAAAAUGGAACCUACAAUGUGAAACUCCAUUUUAUGGAGAUUCAGUUUUCAGACGAAGUACUAUACAAUCGUCUGGCUAGGCGCAUAUUUGAUGUCUAUGUUCAGGGAGUAUUGGUCUGGAAGGACUUUAACAUCAAAGAAGAGGCUAAUGGGACUCUGAAACCUGUUGUGAAAGAAGUGAACACGAAUGUAACCAAUCAUAUGCUAGAGAUUCGGUUGUACUGGGGUGGAAAAGGAACAACCAACAUUCCCAAAAGAGGAGUUUAUGGUCCUCUUAUUUCUGCAAUCUCUUUGUGUCACAGUCAGGAUCCACGUUGCGGAGUGGGUGCCUUGGUAGCAGUUAUGCUACUGGCUUUGGGAAUAUAUGCUCGCAGAAGAUGCAGAGGAGACAAUGACACUAGAGAAAGAGAUUUGAGAGCCGAGGGUCUGCAAACGGUUUGCUUUACUUGGAAGCAACUACAAGCUGCAACAAACAAUUUUGAUGAAGCCAAUAAACUUGGAGAAGGAGGUUUCGGAUCCGUAUUCAAAGGAGAGCUGCCGGAUGGAACAAUCAUAGCAGUGAAGCAGCUUUCUGCCAAGUCAUGCCAAGGAAACAGAGAGUUUGUUAAUGAGAUAGGAAUGAUCUCUGGCCUGAACCAUCCAAACCUUGUCAAGCUUCAUGGAUGCUGUGUCGAGAAGAAUGAACUGUUGCUCGUGUAUGAGUACAUGGAAAAUAACUCCCUUGCUCUUGCGUUGUCGUCUGGAAAAAGCUCCCCGAUAUUGGACUGGCCAGGUAGACAAAAGAUCUGUGUUGGAAUCGCAAGAGGGCUUGAAUUCCUCCACGAAGGAUCCGCUAUCAGGAUGGUUCACCGUGACAUAAAAACGACAAAUGUGCUCCUAGACGCUGACCUUAAUGCAAAGAUAUCUGACUUUGGAUUGGCCAGGCUCCAUGAAGAAGAACACACUCACAUUAGCACCAAAGUUGCGGGAACCAUAGGAUAUAUGGCUCCAGAAUAUGCAUUAUGGGGUCACUUGUCAGAGAAAGCAGAUGUGUACAGCUUUGGCGUUGUGGCAAUGGAAAUUGUUAGUGGGAGGAGUAAUACUAAACAGAAGGGAGGUGCUGAUCACGUCUCCCUUAUCAAUUGGGCGCUGACAAAGCAACAGAAAGGGGACAUAAUGGAAAUAAUAGAUCCGAUCCUCGAAGGUGAUUUCAAUAGCACAGAAGCAGUGAGGAUGAUCAAAGUUGCUCUAAUUUGCACAAACUCAUCUCCUUCCUUGAGGCCAACAAUGUCCGAGGUUGUGAAAAUGCUUGAGGGAGAGAUUGAAAUAACACAGGUUAUGUCAGAUCCUGUUGUAUAUGGACACAACUGGAGCUUCUCAAUGCUGAAAGACAUUGAUAGACAUGGUAGUUCGAGCACCAUGUCUGGUGUGACUGAUCAAACGACAACGACAAUGAAAUCAUCUGUUUCGGGUAAUGAACUCUACACAUCGUACCCAGAUUCCGCGAUCCUAAACUCCACGGUGGAAUUUUCUUCGUCGUCACUGUAAUAACAAAAGCUGUGCGACUUUCCUUUUAUCUUACGUGCGAAGAAAGCUAUGUGAAGGUAUCUUAGAGUUAGCUACAUAGUCAUAUCAGUAAAGUUGUCUUAAAUCUUAUUACUAGCUCAAUUUACAUAGAUCCAAACACAACGGUAUCUCUAUGAAUGUAUGCUAAACUCCAAUUCAAGUUUUAUCUUUUUUUUUAUUAAAAUCUCCAGUGCUUGCAAAAUCAUUUAUAUCGUUUUCUU